CAGUCUUCCCCUCGUCACCAGCUCCCUCCCCCACUUUAGCUUUUGGAACCUUAGUCAGAUUCAGAGGAAAGAACCAGUUUUCAGAGCGAUUGCCUCAGAACACAGUAUCUCCACUCUCUGCACGGCCCUGUGGAAGAUUAGCAACCAUGUUUUCCAGUGGGAUAGGAACUGUAGCUGCUGGAAAAAGGAGGGCAUGUCUUCUGUCCUUGGUGCUCAUUGGCCUCUGGGGCUGUGUGACCUGUCGCUGGAGCCCCGUGGAGGACAUCUGCGCAGCCAAGCCUCGGGACAUUCCGGUGAAUCCCAUGUGCAUUUACCGGUCUGCAGAGAAGAAGGCAGUCGAGGAUGAGGGCGAGGAGCAGAAGAUCCCCGAGGCCACCAACCGGCGAGUCUGGGAACUGUCCAGAGCCAAUACGCGCUUCGCCACCGCCUUCUAUCAGCACCUGGCGGACUCCAAGAAUGACAACGAUAAUAUUUUCCUAUCGCCCCUGAGUAUCUCCACAGCUUUUGCUAUGACCAAGCUGGGGGCCUGUGACAACACCCUCAAGCAGCUGAUGGAGGUUUUUAAGUUUGAUACCAUCUCCGAGAAGACGUCUGAUCAGGUGCACUUUUUCUUUGCCAAACUGAACUGCCGACUCUAUCGAAAAGCCAACAAGUCCUCUGAGUUGGUAUCAGCCAACCGCCUUUUUGGAGACAAAUCCCUUACCUUCAAUGAGACCUAUCAGGACAUCAGUGAGGUGGUGUACGGAGCCAAGCUCCAGCCCCUGGACUUCAAGGAAAAUGCAGAGCAGUCCAGAAUGUUCAUCAACAAAUGGGUAUCCAAUAAGACUGAAGGGCGUAUCACUAAUGUCGUGCCACAGGAUGCCAUCAACGAGCUCACGGUCCUGGUGCUGGUCAACACCAUUUACUUCAAGGGUCUGUGGAAGUCAAAGUUCAGUCUUGAGAACACAAGGAAGGAACUGUUCUACAAGGCUGAUGGGGAGUCGUGUUUGGUGUCCAUGAUGUACCAGGAAGGCAAAUUCCGCUAUCGGCGAGUGGCCGAAGGCACCCAGGUGCUCGAGCUGCCCUUCAAGGGUGAUGACAUCACCAUGGUGCUCAUCCUGCCCAAGCCUGAGAAGAGCCUGGCCAAGGUGGAGCAGGAGCUCACCCCAGAGAUGCUGCAGGAAUGGCUGGAUGAGAUGGCAGAGACCCUGCUGGUGGUCCACAUGCCCCGCUUCCGCAUCGAGGACAGCUUCAGUGUGAAGGAGCAGCUGCAAGACAUGGGCCUUGUGGACCUGUUCAACCCUGAGAAGUCCAGGCUCCCAGGUAUUAUCGCAGAGGGCCGGAGCGACCUCUAUGUCUCACAGGCAUUCCAUAAGGCCUUUCUUGAGGUCAAUGAGGAGGGCAGCGAAGCUGCAGCAAGUACUGUCGUCAGCAUCGCAGGCCGUUCGCUGAACUCCAGCAGGGUGACCUUCAAGGCCAACAGGCCCUUCCUCGUUCUCAUAAGGGAGGUUGCUCUGAACACUAUCAUCUUCAUGGGCAGAGUGGCCAACGCUUGUGAUCACUGAAGUGUUCUUUAUUUUUUGUACCUCUUCCUAUUUUGGUUUGUGACAGAAGUAAAAAUAAACACAACUACUCCCA